GUUGUUUUUGUGAGUUGAAAACUGCUUAUCUGUGUAUGUAUUAUACAUAUCACACACUGUUGAAAAAGGUAUACUGGAUCAUUAGUUAAAGAAACUAUAGGUUUUCUUCACAUAUUGAGAUCAGUUGAGAAGAAUGUUUUUAACAAGAUCAGAAUAUGACCGUGGAGUAAAUACAUUCUCCCCGGAAGGAAGGCUUUUUCAAGUGGAGUAUGCCAUUGAAGCAAUUAAGCUGGGAUCUACUGCCAUUGGCAUUCAAACAUCGGAAGGUGUAAUGCUUGCUGUAGAAAAACGAGUUACCUCAACAUUAAUGGAAUCGACGACAAUUGAAAAGACAGUUGAGAUUGACAGCCAUAUAGGCUGUGCUGUAAGUGGACUCAUGGCUGAUUCUAGAACAAUGGUUGAUAAGGCACGAGUUGAAGCUCAGAAUCACUGGUUUUUGUACAAUGAGAAAAUGCAAGUUGAGAGUGUGGCUCAGGCAGUUUCCAACCUUGCUAUUCGGUUUGGUGACAGUGAUGAUGAUGGGAUUGCUAUGAGCCGGCCAUUUGGAGUAGCAAUCCUGUUUGCUGGAGUUGAUGAGAGAGGUCCCCAACUUUAUCACAUGGAUCCAUCUGGUACCUAUGUCCAAUACGGUGCUAAGGCUAUUGGCUCUGGUUCUGAAGGGGCCCAACAAGCUUUGCAGGAAGAAUAUCACAAGUCUAUGACCUUAGAAGAAGCUAUCAAGACGGCUCUGAAAAUCCUAAAACAAGUGAUGGAAGAAAAACUAAAUUCCACUAACGUUGAGGUUGCCAUAGUAACACCCAGUAAAGGGUACCACAUGUUUACUACAGAAGAAUUAGAGGAAGUUAUCAAGAACAUUUAGCUCAUUAGAAUAUAUCAUCAUAGUCAUUUAUUGUUUGAGGACACCUCUGUAUAUUAUUUGGCACUGUCAAUAAACACUGAUUUUUAAACAAAUGUA